GGUCUGCCGCACACACUGCAAAUACUGCGCACGUCCCACUUUAUGAGCCACUUCUGCCAGUCCUCCUCCGAUUUGUAGAGCUGUAAAUCCUCUCAGAAAUACAUCUAACGUAGUUAAUAUAAGAUGAAGUUGUGAUCUACAUAAAAGUGAGCAAUGAGCUGAACUAAAAUCACAGCUAGAAGCAUCAGUCGUUCCGAAUCCUCCUUCAAAGGUCACAUUUUAGCGAUGAGAAGCCAAGACAGGAAAUGAUUACAAUGUGAGUUCAAUCUCAUCGCAGAACAGUGAGAAGUACUAUAUAACAAACGCUCCCCCUGACGCUGUGAAACUGUACUGAAGCAGUCGUGGUUUCCCAGAGACGCAGUUUGUCGGAGCGCAGCUCAGGACGCACCUGAACCUCCGGAGCGGAGCGCAGUGACGGUCAGUGAGCUGGAAACAGCCUCUCACCUGCUCCUCUGGACAUCUGCCACGUCGGCUCUGAUGGGGAGAGGGGCAGUGAGACGGAGUCCGCGUGGAGUAACAUUUCUAUCUCUUUGGCGUCUCCUGUGGAUGAUUGAUUCUACUGGAGGGAGGCUCUCCAGACGCGUAUAUUUUUGAGCGUUUAAACAGCGACUUUUCAGAAGCCUUGAAACUCCGUGCGGGCUGUGAGCUCACUAUUAAUUCUUACUACGAUGUCCCAGACCAUCUGCGUGGAAAACUUAAAGGCAUGCUGCAUAUUGAGGAGCGCGUACGUGCGAGCAACCUGAACCAGAUGGACACAAACCCAACAACACACUGGUCAAUCUAGAAAACAAGUUAAAAGACAUGACGCUGGAUGGUGACUGGGUGUCUACUCACAGCCUGAAGAUAUGAUACUCAGCUGGACUGGACAUAGACGUGCUGUGCUGCUGAAUGGGUGAACAGCUCCCUGCCACCUCACAUUCCUGGUGAAGCUCCCCACAAAUCGCAUUGUGCAGGACAGGGUCCCCCAGCAGAGUUGCAGGGAUGUACCAGGAGGUGGCCUUCCUGGCUGGCAGCACCGAACACCAGUUCCCCACCUUCCGCUUUAAGCGUGUGGAGAACCCACAAGAGGUCACAUCCAAGAAAGGUUUGUUCUACAAGCGAGCGCAGCUCCUGCUCCAGCCUCAACCCCGCCAGCAAGAUGGAGCUGAGAUGGGCCUGGCAGACGGGGCAGCCAUCAUCAAUGUGGGGGGCAUCAAGUACCACAUCCCCUGGUCCACGCUGGAUGAGUUCCCUCUGACCCGACUGGGAAAACUGCGCAGCUGCAGCAACGAAGCCGAGAUCAUGGACGUGUGUGAUGACUAUGACGGCAGCCGUAAUGAGUAUUUUUUCGACCGAAGCCCGUCUGCUUUUCGCAUCAUUGUGACUUUCUUGGCAGCAGGGAAGCUGCGGCUGCUGAGGGAGAUGUGCGCUUUGUCCUUCCAGGAGGAGCUGCUGUACUGGGGGGUGGAGGAGAACAACCUGGACUGGUGCUGCCUCAGGAAGCUGAGGCUCAGGCAGGAGGAGUUCAAGGAGCAGCAGAGGCUGGAGGACGAGGAGGCCGAGCUCACCUCACCGCAGUCCUGCGAGGAGAGUCAGCAGCCUCCAGGAGGACCAGAAGAAACCUUUACGGGGGGCUGCAUGCGGAGGCUGAGGGACAUGGUGGAGAACCCCCACUCUGGUCUGCCGGGGAAGAUCUUCGCCUGUCUGUCGGUGAUAUUUGUAGCCAUCACUGCUGUGACGCUGUGUGUCAGCACCAUGCCUGACCUCAGAGAGGAGGAGGAAAGGGGUGAGUGCUCCCAGAGGUGCUAUAACAUCUUUGUUCUGGAGACGGUGUGCGUGGCCUGGUUUUCCCUGGAGUUCCUGCUGCGCUUCAUACAGACUCAGAGCAAGUGUAUGUUCCUGCGCACGCCUCUCAAUGUCAUCGACGUGGUGGCCAUCCUUCCCUACUACAUCACCCUCAUAGUGGACUCUCUGUCAGUGGGAGGGAAACCUACGGGCUCAGGGAACAACUACCUGGAGAAGGUGGGGUUAGUCCUCCGAGUUCUCCGAGCUCUACGGAUCUUUUAUGUCAUGAGGUUGGCCCGUCACUCCUUAGGCCUGCAGACGCUUGGUCUGACAGUGAGGAGGUGUACGCGUGAGUUCGGCCUGUUGCUGCUGUUCCUGUGUGUGGCCAUGGCUCUGUUCUCACCACUGGUGUUCCUAGCUGAGAGCGAAAUGGGAGCCAAGCAGGAGUUCACCAGCAUCCCUGGUAGCUACUGGUGGGCGGUAAUCUCCAUGACCACAGUGGGCUACGGCGACAUGGUGCCUAGAAGCAUCCCGGGCCAGGUGGUGGCACUCAGCAGCAUCCUGAGCGGCAUCCUGCUCAUGGCGUUCCCUGUCACAUCCAUCUUUCACACCUUCUCUCGCUCCUACUUGGAGCUGAAAGAAGAGCAGAUCCGGGCACUGAGGCAGAAGCCGGACUCACAGGACAGCACUAAGUCGCAGAACAGCGAGGACUCUCAGGAGACGGACAGCUACCACGGCAUCACAGAGGCUGCCGCGUCAGCUGUGCAGCGGAGAAAGAUAAUGGCUGCUCAGAGAGCUGCUGAGAUUAGAGCGUCCAUGAAAACUUAGCCACUCUGUCUGUCUGUCUGUCUGUAUUCAAGAGGCAGCCUGGAAGGCCAUGACACCCCGCACUGGGACUUCAAAGAUGACAAGCUGCAGGACCGUGAACAAGGAGGAGAUUUUCUUCUGUGGAGCUUGAGGUCUCGCUUUGAUUGUGUGCUUGUGCACCAGAGUGUAUCUGAGCCUCACAAGUUUUACAGAGAAGAUGCAGAGGUCUUUUUUCCCACAAAUUUGACUUUCAAAUAUGGGUAACAAUACAGUAUUCAUGAUUAAAUAACUCAAGUCAAAUGAGAUUAAAAAAAUGGACUGAAACAGUACUCUCACUGACUGCGAUUCAGAGCAGUCUGUGAAAAGGAAAUCAACGAAAACAUCACACACUGUUACUCAGACCUCCGGCUGAUAAAUAAUGUUCCUCAUUAAGCUGCAUUUGAGUGGAUUGUCUGAAAUAAACUGGUUUACUAAGAUGUCAAACAUUAUUAUAAAGGAGAAAUAUCCUUUUCGUUCUCUCUCCAUUGUACUGCAUCUAACCAAACAGAUUACUGUAGGUGGAGCUUUGUUAUAUAAGUGUCAUGUAUGUACAUGAUGCUGUCAGUGCGUUCAUUUGCAAUGAAUUGUUGCUUUUUAGUCUCAACAUAAUAUGAAAUUCAUUUAUCUGUCAAAGGGCUUUACAGUCGGCUGUGAAAUUUAUUUAUUUCUAAAAUGUCAAAUGACAAGAGGAUUGGUCCCACAUCAAUGUCUCCAACUUUGUCUCACACAAAGGCUGGGAAAGAUGAGAAGAGUCAUGCCAAUUUGUUAUUGUACAAACAAUAAAGCUGAAGUUAAAAUUGACUUAACUCAGCAUAAAGACUGGACAUGGGGGUAAACAGUGAGCCUCACUCUGCCAUAACAUCUAAAUUUCACGAAUGAACACUUUAAAGGUGCAAUAUGCAAGAUUGUGAACGUUAAUGUAGCAUUCAUGAACUGCAAACAACUAUCUGCUAUGUAAAGAUAUAGUGGAGAAAUGGCGUCCUGGCAGGGGAUUAAGUCACACUCUUUGUCUGUCUCUGUGUCUUGUAAUUCAAGCUUCUCUGUUCCAUGUUUUGGCAGCUGAUCCAGCAGCACAUGCAUGUUAGUGCAUGUGAGUCGCUCCCUUUAAACAGUCAAAGUCAAGAAAGGACGAGGAGGCAAACACAGAGAGACGCACUGGAGACUCAGAUGACUUAGAUUACGAGUAAAGUGUACUGACACUGACAGAGCAGCUGUGCAUGCAAGCAAUGCCAGCAUCGGUUUUGAGGAUUCUCUCUGGUCUUCAGGUAUAUAUUGUAGUUUCGAGAGGGGUCAGAUUUAGAUUACAGACCAAUAUGGAGACAACUCGUCUGCUUAGUCACGUCAGAAUAGACAAUAUCUAACCUUUACCAGGGCAGAAAGUGCUGGCAUAUCUUCCUCCUACAGCGUCUGACUGUCGGAGGAUAAUUUGGGAUGACGUCAGCUAAUAGCUGCAAGGAAAUACCUUAGAAAAGGGAAAGAGUAUUUUUUGCCUUCACACUGUUGGUCCUCCCCAAGCUUAGAAACAGACUGUGAUUAUCAGUGUCCUGAUCGACUUGUCGCUCUGAUUUGGUCUGACUGUCUCGGGCUCUAACGUCAUCUAGUGCUCUGAAAAUCCAUUUAAUCAGGACUACCUUGGCAACCUAAUGGUAGGGUCAGGAGGUCACUGCAACCAAAUCAUCCAGCGCAUGAAACCACAACUUACCAUUUUGACACUUUGUUUUAGACCAGAUUAAACUAAUUUGGUAUAAUGUGUAAAUAAAAGAGGAUAGAAGUCCUGGUUGGAAUAUUUUUUCUACCUUUGGAGAGAAUCAAGCUCGAUAUUCCCCCUUGAUAUGCAUCUUUAUGUUAAGGUAAGCACACUGCCUGACAUGUUUAGCACUCAUAAGCAAUGGAUAUUAUUCACAACAUGAAGUUAAACCAUCCAGAGCUAGUUUAGAACUUUUAUCCCUCUGUGGAGAUAGUUAAGAAAAUUGAAUGUCAAGGUUCAUUUAGUUUCUCUCUGUCACAAUUCUUAGUAUUUAUUAGUGAAUGGAGUGUAUUCAGCUGUCAUGGUCUUGGCUCAGCUAGCAUCACUUGACUUAUAUAAAAGCAAUAAAGCCAGAUCAUGGUUGAGGUUGAAAACUACAGGGGUGUACUACAUUCUAACUGUGGGGAACAGUUAAAAGCCUUUGGGGGAGAAAAAAAAAAGCUGUGAGUGGAUUUUUUUGAAUGUUUCUUUCUGUUGUGGGUUCAUUUUUGUUUAUUGAUUACUUUGUUUGAGAGCAGUUUGCCAGUUUACUUACUGCUGCAUUCAGUAUCAACGGAGGAAAGAAUGUUGACGCCUUGUUUUCACACAGCUCUGUGGACAUAUGCGAGUCAAACAGAACUCCAUUCAUUUCCAUGGGGACAUGCGCGAUCUCUGAUGCGUUUGCAAAACUCCUCAUUCUGUUGGGUUUUUUUUCCUUGUGCAAAAUGUGCUCAUAUAUUUUGAAAAACCAUAACUUUGCAAUGGAUUUAGGUAAGGCCGCACUGUACGGAAAGUUGCAGAAACGAAUCAGCGAACAGACUAUUUAGUUGUUCACAAAAUGUGUAAAUGUGUAACUAAAAAGAAACUAGUCUAGCUACUUCAACUUGUUCUGACUGAGUUCAUACAUCUUGAAGCUAAAUAUUUCACAAGACACACCUGGCAGCUGUGUGGAAAUGAGAUGUGAGGAUCCUUGCAGGUUUUUGUGUGACACUGCAGUAAAUAACCACCCAGACUUACAUGCAAGUUCACAUUCUGUCACUUUCUGGAUAGGACACCCCUGUGAUUGCUGACCAUCAUUGAUUAUAACUAGUCUAGCUGUCAGUUUGAGAGCCAGAGAUUAUACAGCAUGUUGGUGCCGAUCCUCAUGUCACCAAUUGGGGAAAAGUGACUGGUAGAACAAAAAUGCAUCUAUAAUAACAUAUUAAUGUAAUAAAGCACGCUCUGACCACAAGGUCCAAUUACGGCUUUGCUUCUCUUCAAAGAGGUUGGCUGAGCGUGUCAAGAAUUACACAUCCACCUUCAGGCUGUCAAAACGGCACACCCAAGAUGAUUAGUUGAAAACCAUUUCAAGUAUUGCAAAUGACUUCCACAGUCUUACAUGAUUUUCUCAUAUAAUUCCAAACACAGCGCUUCAUUUUCUCCGACUUGAGUGCCUUGUACUUUGAAGUGACACAUUCAAAAAUCAUUUCCCCAAAUUGUUGUCAAGUUGGAACCAUCAAAGUGUGCCUGAAAGUGCAAAUUAGCUUUCCUUAUUUUUAAUAUGCCACGCAGGUUGUAAGGACACGUUGAGCCUGCUGACUCUGAAUCGCAGUCACUGAAUCAUUAAAAGCAUGACAAUAUUACACUGAACACUCUUAAAACUCUUAUAUCUACAAUAUUUAGUUUUUAAUGAAAAUAUUGUUUUGAUGAGGAGCAGAUGGUGCAUUUGAACAGAAACACAGUUUAAAUGGAUUUGUGCUCUGCAUCAUGAAUCCAUAGCCGGAGGAACAGUCUCUUUUGAAAAAUGUAAUAAAGAUUAUAAUGAACACAAUCCCAUGUGGAACGCUUUUGAUUUAACAGUUUUUACACACAAGGAAGCUCUCAAACCUGCCAAACAGUAGCGCUGUACUUAUCCACUUACAUUAGAAGCUGGUUUGACUGUGUCUUGGUUCAUGUUUUUUCCCACAAAUGUCAUAAAUAAUAAAUGAACUGUGUUUCUA